ACCCCUUUUUUUUCCCUUUACCCACAAAAAAAGAAAAAUGUCCAGAGUCAUCAGCCGUGCAGGGUUACGUGGUUAUACAACUUCAGCAAAGACGUUUUCGAACCAAGCUAUUUUACCACGUUUACCUAUUCCCGAGCUCGAACUCACUUCAGCCCGUUACAAGCGCAGUCUUUUACCUUUACUUUCAGCCGCUGAACACCAACAAGCCUCACAAAAGAUUGAUCGAUUCUUUGCCAAGGAUGGUUUGGCCAGUACGUUACAACAACGUUUGCAUGCUUUGGAUGACCAAGAGACCGCAUUAGGUUUAAACUGGUUGGAUAGACUUUGGUUAAAGAAGGGUUAUCUCGAGUAUCGUAUCCCUACCUUAAUUAACGUCAACUGGUGGAAUCAAUUCAGAGACCCCGUCUCGGGUUUAGGAAAAGGUGCACCUGAAGGUCAAGUCUCGGAUUUUCAGUUGAAACGAUCUGCAGGCAUGAUUGCUGGUUUAAUUGAUUAUUCUAACCGCGUCAACAACGAGGAAAUUCCACCAGAUAUGUCCCGUUCAGGUCCCUUUUGUAUGCAUCAGUUAAAGAAUAUGUUUGGUACAAGUCGUAUUGCUGCUCCCGAGUGUGAUAAAGUUGUAACUCAAUGGCCCUGUUUAAAUAAACAUAUCAACGUCAUUUACAAGGAUCAAAUCUUUUCUGUUCAAGUCAUUGGUCCCAACGGUGAAACUGUCCCCAUCAAGACCUUGGAAGAACAAUUGCGUCAAGUUGUGCAACAGGUAGAAGAUACACCCGUAGAAAAACGUCAACCUGCUGUUGGUUUACUCACCACAGAGCACCGUGAUACCUGGGGACCCAUUCGCGAGAGCAUGGAGAAACAAACUUUAAACGCACAAUCACUCAAGAACAUCGAUGACUCAAUUUUUGUGUUUUGUUUAGAUGACUAUAGUUCUCCUUUAGAUCUGGAUUUAUCACAUCGUAAUAUCUUCCAUGGCAGAAACGGAAGAAACAGAUGGUUUGAUAAAGCCUUGCAAUUUAUUGUCGAGAACAACGGUCGUGCAGGCAUCAAUGGCGAACAUUCACCCGCUGACGCCGUGAUUCCUUCUCGUAUCGUAGAAGAUGUUUUAACUCGUGAGCCUAUUGUAGACUCCAUGUCCGCUGCUGCGAUUUCCAACUUGGAGAAACCCAAGGUGUUACAAUGGCAAGUCUCUCAUGAACUCGGAAACGCUAUUCGUACCGCUGAAAAGAACGCUUCCACCUUAAUUUCAGACCUCGAUAGUGUUCUUCUUCAUUACGGAGGAUACGGUUCCAACAUGAUGAAGGAGGCCAAAGUAAGUCCCGAUGGCUGGCUCCAAAUGGUCUACCAACUGGCCUAUUAUCGUCAUUACGGUAAAUCUUGCCCUACCUAUGAAUCAGCUUCUACUCGUAAAUUCCGUGCUGGUCGUACCGAGACUGUCCGUACCUGUUCCACCGAUACUGUGGCUUUCACCAAGGCAUGGGAGGAUAAAGAUAUCAAGAUGGCUGAUAAAUUGGGUCUCUUUGAAAAGGCCAUCGGAAGUCAUAUGGAAUAUAUGAAGGCCGCUAGUAACGGUCAUGGCGUGGAUCGACACUUGUUGGGUCUCAGAUGUCAAAUGACACCCGAAGAAACUGCAUCGGAAGACGCUGCCAUCUAUCGUGACCCUUCUUAUUGGGGUUCGCAGUACUGGUUGUUAUCCACAUCCAAUACCUCACCUGGUGAUUUGGCUUGGGGUGGUUUUGGUGCGGUCGUACCAGAAGGUUAUGGCAUUAAUUAUGCCAUCGGUAAAGAACGCGUACGUAUGAGUGUUAGUUCUUGGAAUUCUUACAAGGACACGGAUUCUGCUUCCUUCCGUAAAACCAUUCAUGGUGUGCUUGAAGAGUUCGGUGAUGUGGCUCAAAGAUAUUUAAUCAAGAAAUAA